AUGGCUUUGGUGGAUAAGAGAGUGCUGGUGGAGUAUGAUGUGGGAGGUGCUAGGCUUUGGCACGAAAGACAGCCAUUGGUACAUGUUCAAGGCGAUUCCUACAUUGUGCUCACUCCAGACGGGGACGUGCAUGAAGAGGAGCUGGGUUUGCUGAAUUCCGAUAUCCGGCAUAUCCGGGUCCGAGCUGCCCCUGGCCGAGUUCCUGCAGGAAUUAAUGCCGCCGAGAUUUAUGGGAUGCCAGUCUGGUCAAGGGACGAUCUGGCUCGGUUCCGGGCUGAGGCGCAGAGGCUGGCGGGGGGUGCAGUUGGCGCCGCCCCUCCAGCUCCUGCAGUUUUGUCAGCCCCAGAUCCUGUAGGUGCUCCCUUGGUGGCGGUGAAUGUGGGUGACUCUGGAUAUGGGGCUGGUGUUUUGAAAUGGCUAGCCGCUGAGACUGCAGGCUCGGUCAGCUAUGGCCAAGAAGUUCAAGGUGUUGCUGCUGCCUACGUCAAAGGUGGAAAGCAUGUUCACAGAGGGGCCAGUGGUGAGGCUUUGUUUGUGGAGUGUGUGGAUGGCGCAGAUCUGCAAGCAUUUCUGCAGAAACCGGCGCAGAACGAUGCGAGAUUGCUGCCGAUGCGGCUCAAUGCACUGGGGCAGCCUGAGCGCAGCCUGAAAGAUGUGGCCUCAGAGUGUAAGGAGAUAAAGGUGAGCUGGUCGUUGACGGGCCCGAGAACUAGCAAAUGGUGUGUCAACUACCUUGCCAUCGAGAAUCUUGGCUUUGAGGGGCAUCAUGAGCGGCUGAGACAAGUGACCAAGGCCGAUGCCAGCAGCUGGGGUAUCCAAGAGCACUUCCAAGUCUCGAUGUCAUUGAGGCAGGCGCUCCUGGUCGAUCAGUUGGACGCCUACAAUCUGCUGUCGGUCGAAAUUCAGUUCAGGCGGCUGCAGACGAUUGAGUUCAGUUACUCUGAGAAGGCCAAGGAGAUGGAGUCAAAGGCGGUUGGAGGAAGACUAUCCCUAGAAGAACAAACUACCUUUGGAGGAGUGACCAGACAGUUUGCCACGCUCAUGAUCUGUCCUGAGUUGCUCACCUAUGUGAAGGAGGAAACAGAGCGGGAGGCAUCUUUGGCGAAGAAUCUGAGGAAAGCACGAGAAGAGAGAGAGGCUGCAAGGAAGCAUAAAGGUGGGAAGCAGAAGGAAGACCCUUGA